GAAUGGUGUGGAAAACAACUACGUGAAGGGCAAGAAGUAAAACGUACGAUAAAGGGAAGAAAGAAGACAUCUGAUAAAUGGAAGCCAUGAAGAUAUCAAAGCGCUUCUUCGCAUUUGGGAUUUUGACAUGCAUAGCUGUUUAUGUUGCAUACAUAAAAUGGCACUUAGAUUCCAAACCCAUCAUGGGAGCAACAGAAGGAGUUGCUGAAAGCCAGGGAGACAAACUGAACCAUCAGGCACAGACCACAGAUCUCUCAGUCUUUUAUGGAAUUAUGUUUGAUGCAGGAAGCACAGGAACUCGCAUCCAUAUUUUUAAAUUCACACAGCAGCCAAAAGAGACUCCCAAAUUAACCCACGAGACGUUUAAAGCGCUGAAGCCAGGUCUAUCCGCAUAUGCCGAUGAUGUUGAAAAGAGCAGCCAGGGAAUAAAAGAGCUCUUGGAGGUGGCGAAAAAGGAAGUUCCUGCGGAGCUGUGGAAGUUUACGCCUCUGGUACUGAAAGCCACAGCUGGCCUACGGUUGCUGCCGGGAGAGAAGGCUCAGAGGUUGCUGGAUAAGGUGAAGGAGAUUUUUCAGGCCUCCCCCUUCUUCGUGAGGGACAACUGUGUGUCGAUAAUGAAUGGAACUGAUGAAGGUAUUUCAGCCUGGAUCACAAUAAAUUUUUUAACAGGCAGCCUAGAUGAUCCACAGAAGAGAAGCGUCGGGAUGCUGGAUUUGGGUGGUGGAUCAACACAGAUCACCUUCCUUCCCCGCACCGAGGCAACUCUCCAGACAUCACCAGCUGGCCAUACAACUUCGUUUCAGAUGUUUAACCACACCUACAAGCUGUACUCUUACAGUUACCUGGGACUCGGGCUGAUGUCAGCAAGACUUGCCAUUUUAGGAGGAGUUGAGGGAAAACCCUUAGGAGAAGGGGAGGAAUUGAUCAGCCCUUGUUUACCACCUGGCUUCAAAUCUGAAUGGCAACAUGCCGAGAUAGUGUACAAAAUUAAAGGGCAGAAGGCAGGUGAGCCUCUGUACGAGUCUUGUUCUAGCAAAGUAGCAAAGAUGCUCUACAAAAAAGUGCACAAAGCUGAGGAAGUGAAGAACUUGGAUUUUUACACUUUCUCCUACUACUAUGACUGUGCAGCAGAAGUUGGUCUCAUAGAUAAAGAAAAAGGAGGAACCUUAACUGUCGGUGACUUUGAAAUUGCAGCUAAAUACGUGUGUAAGACCAUGGAAAUCAGUCCCGGAAGCAGCCCUUUCCUCUGCAUGGACCUCACGUACAUCACUUUCCUCCUGCAGGAGCUGGGCUUCCCGAAGAGCCAAGUGUUUAAGCUUGCCCGGAAAAUUGACAAUGUUGAAACGAGCUGGGCAUUAGGAGCCACUUUUCAUUACAUCGACUCACUCAAUAGGCUGCGUUACUAA